UCGUCUUUGAAAACCGGUCCAGAUGCGGCAUGACGUAAUAUCGAGAAACGACGUUUAAAGUUGCGCCAAGUUUACGCGCGCUGCUUUCUACCACCUGUUUCAAUUAGCAAAAGUUUGACCGUUAAAAUACGAGUAUUUGUUACAUGAUUAAUAACAACUUCUAAGAGAAUGAAUAUUUAGACGUUGGGCAUGCAAAAAAUUUAAUGGUAUUACGCCUAAAGCAAAAAUAUUUCGGUCAAAAUCGAUUGUUUCCCCUUUGCUUAAAUUGUUUCCGGUUUCGGAUUUACCAAGAAAGCAUGUGAAGUUUACUUUCGUAAAACUACUUUCUGUCCAACCGUGAUAGGAUAUGAGACUUGUUAUAUUGUUUACUGAUAAGAUAAUAUACCAUGUUCCUUUGAUGGCUCGUUCCACUACAGCUGGGACUAUGCUCAACAGGUACAUAUACCCCAUUACAGCCAGGAAGUUGGCCCUGUUUACUUCAAGACCCCAAGAAAAUGCAACGUAUUUGGGAUGUGCUGUGAGGGAUCAGGAAAACAAGUGUUUUAUCUUGUGGAUGAAAGUGACUCAAUUGGUAAGGGGGCAGACAGUGUUGUCAGCAUGGUACACCACUACCUAUAUUGGUAUGGUCAUGGGGAGAUAGACGGCAAAUUCCAUUUUGACAAUGCUGCUGGUCAGAAUAAAAACAACAUUGUGCUGUGGUAUGGUCUGUGGAGAGUUUUACUAGGAUAUCAUAGAUCAAUUGAGUAUUCAACGAUGAUUGCAGGCCAUACAAAGUUUGAACCCGACUGGCACUUUGGAAUUUGGAAAAAUCGAUGGAGGAGGGUAAAUGCUGAGACCUUACACGACAUUGCAGACACAGUGGAUCAGUCUUCAAAGAAAGGUCAUAACAUUGCACAGUUGGUCAAUGAUGGUUCAAAGCCUGUCACAUUCUAUCAGUGGAGAACUUUCUUGUCACAGUAUUUUAAACCUUUAAAGAACAUUACCAAGUAUCACCACUUUUUCAUAUCUGCAGAAGCACCUGGAAUUGUUAAUGUGAAAAUCUUAAGUGACAGUCCAGUUGUAUCAGUCAGCUUGCUAAAAAUGUCUCCUCCAAAGGGUACAUUGCCAAAUGUGUCUCCUUGUCCUGGAUUGACACCAGCCAGACAAUGGUACCUUUAUGAACAUAUUAGAGAACAUUGUUUAUCUGAAAAAUCAAAGGAAUCAAUUUGUCCAAAACCAAUUGUGCCAAAGACUGAAAUUGUAAUCAACGAGGAUUGCUCUGAGAACUGGAAAAAGGGAAGUGGCUGUAAGAGAAAAAAACUGUUGUUGAAUUAAAAAGUUCAUACAAAAAGUACUGUCUGAGAUUUCAAUUUCAAAGGAACCUUGCGGAAACUAUAUAUACAGACAUUCAUAACUGUGUGUAUUAAGAAAAGUAUGCUUUUUGAUGUUUAAAGAAGAUAUGUUGCCUUUUGGUAAAUAAUGUUGACAGUUGUAUAUUCAUACAAGUCCAUUAAGAGUUUAUUGACAGAAACAUUUAAAACAUGCAUUUUAAAUGCUAUGGUACCAUAACAAAACCAUUUUUAGAUAUGUCGCAAUGGUUACCAACUGUACAUCAUGCUUUUAUAGUAAUUAGAGGGUCUUGAGAAUGUAUGACUAUGCUAUCAAAAUAUACACUUUAAUAGAAAACUACUGAAGAAUUACUCUAUGUUUCAGGAGAUUAUCAACUACAGAUAUAAUGAUUUUGUCAUAGAAUUGAUGAAUAAAGUUGACUGUUGUAUACUGAUACCAGUAGUUCUAAGAUGUUUCAUCUUUUGUGCUAUCUACAUUAUAAUUUUAGUUACACUACCUGAGAAAGUGAAUUGUAGUAUGAAGGAAGACAUGUUUAACCAACUCAGUUGAUAUUUAUUGACAUGUACAUACAUGUUGAAUGCAACCUUACAAUACCAAAACUAUUGCUUUAUAUAUGUUGCCAUGGUAACCAACUGUGAAUCAUGCUGUUAUAGAAAUGAAAGAGUCUUGAGUAUGUAUGACUAAGUUAUCAAUAGGGAAAAAUCAAGACCACUUUGCUGUAGUACAACAUGCAUGUUACAUCCAAUUUUGAGGCAUAUUUUGACCUAUCUCUAUUGGUAAGGAUUUUGUAUGGACUUAGAUUUUUUUUUUUUAAGAUUACUUCCCUUUGUUGUUACUACAAAUAACUUAUAUUGUAACUUUAUGUAAUCAUUUUUUUAACUGGCAUAAAUGUUUGCCUCAAUGAGACAGAGUGUCGUGUGCAACUCCCAGUCCUUUUGACAGCUGACGGGCUCGACAUGUUGCCCGUGGGCAUCUAGUUUUAGAUAAAGGAAUUUAGUGUAUAUGUUGCCAUGGUUACAUAAUUCAAAUUAUGUUUCAUAGAAGUUAUUGAUUUGUAUUUUCAAUUAGGGAUAUACAAUGUAUAAUUCCAUUGUAAUAGAAUGUUCACUUUCUUUAAUAUUUUCCAUUAUAAUUAGCCAGUGAAAAACAAAUGAUGCAGAAGGAAUGACUGAAAUGUUAUGUUCUUACGAUAAUUACUUUUGUUACAAAACAUACCAUAAAACUGAGUAUUUUAGAGUAUUUUAAAGUAGUUUUGUGUGUUUUUCACAUUUCUUUUCCUGGAUACUUAUACUUUCAAAUAUCUAACUUAUUAGAAACAUAAUUUCAAAUUAGUCUGUUGUUUUAAAGUAUGAUAAUAGAAAAAAAGGAGUUUAAUACUUAUGUUGCCAUGGUAACGCAAUUUGAAUAUUUUUUCUUAGAAAAUAUGAUUUUAAAUUAGCUGUAUUUUUCUACUUUAUAAUAAGCAUCUACAAUUCAAAAUUUCCUAGUAAUAUAUGUUUUUUUUCUUUUUAAUAGUCAUUUAUUACCAGAGGUGAAAGACAGAUUAAGAAGAAACAAUGACAGAAAUGUCUUACUCUUAUGGUUAUACUCAUGUAACGAAAUCUAUCAUAAAACCUAACAUAUUUUAUAUUUUUACAAGAAAUCUUCGGAUUCUAUUUUUGAAUACAUAAACUAUAUAAUAUCCAACUUAAUGAAUCACUUUUCCAGAUUUAUCUCUUGUUUUAAAGUUUUAAUGUUGGAAACAGAAUCAGAUGUAUAUGUUGCCAUGGUAACACAAUUUUACCAUCUUUUAUAAAAAAUGUAAAGGAUUUUUGUUAGCUAGAUAUUUGCUCUUUAAGUGAAAAUCUAAAUAUACAUAAUUUUUAUUAUAAUAGAAGAUCCAUGUAUUUAAAGAUAGCCAGUUAUUAACAGUAAGUGAAAAACACAAACUGAAGAAACAAUGGCUUAAAUAGUUUAUACUUAUGGUUAAUACCCAUAUUACCAAACCUAUCAUAGCACCA